GAACAUUCGUAACCAUCGUAGAAGAUUCGAAAAAAUUAUCAAACUACAUAUAAAAUGCGGUUCAUAAUUUUUUGUGCUGCAAUCAGCUUGGUUUUAACUAUUACUGCUGCUUCUUCAAAAAAAAUUGUUUGUUAUUUCGGUGCUUGGUCUGUGUAUCGUCCAGGGAAUGGAAAAUUCGACAUCAAUGAAAUCGAUCCAACACUUUGUACUCAUUUAAUUUAUGCAUUCGUUGGCGUUGAUGGAAAGGAAGUCAAAGUUCUAGACCCCUGGAGCGAUCUCCCAGGGAACUUAGAUGGUUUUGGAAAAUUUGUCCGCCUUCGACAGCAAAAUCCAUCCCUUAAAGUCAUGGUUGCUGUGGGUGGAUGGAAUGCUGGUUCGGUUCCAUUCUCACAAAUGGCAGGUAAUCGAGCCCAAAGACAAACUUUUGCCCAGAACGUAGUUAAGUUCCUCGAACAUUACCAGUUUGAUGGGUUAGAUAUUGAUUGGGAAUAUCCUGCUCAACGAGGUGGAUCUAAAGAAGAUAUAAAAAAUUAUGUCAAACUUGCUAGAGUAUUGAAAAAAGAAUUUUCUCAGCAUGGCUAUCUUUUGAGUGCUGCAGUAGCAGCACCAGAGUCUUCAGCAUCACAAUCUUACAACAUAGCUGAAAUGAGUAAAUAUUUAGAUUUCAUUAAUCUUAUGGAGUAUGAUUUUCAUGGCCCCUGGGACGGUCAUACAGGAAUGAAUGCACCUCUUUCUGCUUCAUCGAGUGACUCCGGGAAUGAAUUAAAAUUGAAUAUUAAAGCUUCAAUAGAUUAUUGGGUGAAGAAUGGAGCUCCAAAAGAGAAGCUUAUUUUAGGAAUUCCAGCAUACGGAAAAAGUUUCACACUUUCAAAUCCUAGUAAUAAAGGUAUUGGGGCUCCAGUUUCAUCACCAGGAACAGCUGGUCCUUAUACCCGAGAAGCUGGGAUGCUCGGAUACAAUGAAAUCUGUGAAAUGCAUAAAGCAAACGAUUGGGAAAUUCAUCAGGACAAUGAGAGAGGUGUUCCUUAUGCUGUAAAAGGAAAUCAAUGGGUCUCAUUUGAUAAUAUUCCUGCUGUUAUUGCCAAAGCUGAAUUUGUUAAACAAGAAGGUUUAGGUGGUGCUAUGAUCUGGAGUAUAGAAACCGAUGAUUUCAAAGGAAUUUGUGGUAAAAAAUAUCCAAUAUUGAGAGCCUUAAACUCUGUUCUAGGCCGUGGGGUCUAAAAAUUCUAGAUUUCCAGUUUCAACGAAAGUGUAAUAUAAAUUUAGUUAAAGUGCGAAAAUUUCGUUACGUUUUGUUGCCAAUGAUUAACAUCUUCUGAUUUAUUUUAGUUUCAUCCUCUGUAAUGACGAAAAUUAAAUACAGUAUAACCCUUUUUAUUGCGUAGCUCCUCAUAGGCAAAAACCUGCCUACAGCAAGAAAAUCAACCUUGCUCUAGGAAGGUUUCUGGCUCCUACUGAAAUGUACUAUAAGCCGAUCACACAACAGAUUAUUACGGGCCACCUUCGCUCAAUUCAUGAGGUUCUCUUGCCCAACAAGAUUUUCUAUAGAGAGGUUUUACUGUAGUAUGCAAUGAGAUAUAUAUGCUUCAAGUGAAAUACCAUUGAAUUAACUAAUAAAUUGAUAAUUGUUUGAUUUGUUCAAAAUCGUAUAACGGAAUAAAACUAACUAUAAUCAUAA